AUGUCUGCUCCUAGGCCGCCUAGAUCACCCAUCCCGGAUGAGUCGGAAUACUUUGAUAGCGAGGACUCCGACGAGGACAUGACGCCCACCUCCAAUUUUGAAGCUGCUGGCCGAUGGAUCAAUCAAGGGCUGAAGUUCCUGGACCAGCGACCGCUCCCAAAUGAUCUGCACCAGCUUUGCAUUGGUGUUACCACCGUGCCAGCCAACAUUCUAACACGUCUCCUACCAUCUGACAACAUAUCUGUAACAGAUCUAAUCAAAUUUCGCCUCCCCAAAAUUGGCCAAUGGCCCUUUUCAGAGAAAAUAAUGUUUCAAGAAGACCCGCCUAGAGGCAAGUUGUUUAUUCGAUCAGAAAUACCUCCCGAGCCAUACAUUGAGGAGCUCCGCAAGAAGUUCGGUCAAGCGAUGUUGGACGGGAAGAUCUCCAUGCGCGAUCCUCGCACCCCUGAUGCCAGACUACCUCUGUGGGUGAUUGAGUUCUGGUGGGCGUUGCACUGCGCAUACAAUAGCAGGAGAGAAUGGUCGGAGGGAAUGGAUUGGAUACGGGAGAAACAGGAAGGGGGUCACCAUCAUCGGGUCUUUCGUGAUGUAAAGCAGCAGCUGGCCAUUCUGCCUUGGAAUAAGUCGCUAAACGGCCCAGCCGCGGCCAUUGGCAGAACAACCAAACAACUUCUUCAGUUUCUAUUCGAUGAUGAGUGGUUGUCAGGCAGUCUUGUUGAUAUGAUGGCAGCCUAUCUGGUCUCUCAGUUGUCUAUGAAAUGA